AUUUUUCUUUUAUUUAUAUACAUUCUAAGCCAAAGAUUUGUACAAUCUGGCCGUGUGGCCUAUGUGAGCGACGGUCCUUAUCAAGGCAAAUUAGUUACCAUCAUUGAUGUCACUGAUCAGAAUCAGAUUCUAGUCGAUAGUCCAUUAUCAGGUGUAUUCCGUGGUGAGAUGAGACUCGAUGAGCUUCACUUGACAAAAUUCCGUUUACGUUUUCCGUUUUCUGGAUCUUCUCGUGUCGUGCGUAAAGCGUGGGAUGCGGCUAAUAUUAAUGAACUUUGGAAAGAGACGAUGUGGGCCAAAAAAGUUGAAGCCAAGAAAAAGCGUACAGAGCUCAACGAUUUUGACCGCUUCAAGCUGCGUAAAGCGAGGCAGAUAAGAAAUAAGUUGCGGACAGAUGCGUUUUACAGAUUAAAAAAAAAAAUUAAAGUUGGCGAUACAGCGAGUAAAAGUACAAAAAAAAAAACUGAAAAGAAAUAAUAUUCUAAAUUAAAUAUAAGAUUAUGGAAAGUCUGAUUAUUUAUCAUAUUCCUAGUAAUUUAUCAUUAUUUUAUGUUUCUUUAUAUUCCUUUUAUGUUUCUUAUUACUACAAAAAAUUAUUAGUUAAUAAUAAAGAUUGAACUUGAUUAAGAUCGA